AUGGUAUCAUUUGCAGGUAGUCAUUGGCAGUGCAUAUAUUGCUAUUAUCCUUCUAAUCCAUAUUAUUUUCCAUAUGAAUAUCCAUAUCCAUAUCCAUAUCCAUAUCCAGUUUCUCCUGCUAUUGAACCAGCCACUCAUCCAUCUAUUGGUCCAUGUGUAAACGGCCAGUGCCCUGCUGGUUUUUCAUGCUAUCGUUCACAAUGUAUACGAACACCUAAUGUUUACGGACCUUGCGUCAAUGACCGAUGCCCAAUGGGAUUUUGUUAUAACGGUCAAUGUGUUGGCUAA